AUGAAUGUGAUAGAUCAUGUACGGGACAUGGCUGCCGCGGGCCUUCACUCGAACGUCCGGAUAUUGAGCAGUUUGUUGCUGACGAUGAGUAAUAACAACCCAGAGCUUUUCUCCCCGGCCCAGAAGUACCAGUUGCUGGUUUACCACGCCGAUGCCAUCUUCCACGAUAAGGAAUACCGUAAUGCUGCCUGCAAGUACAGCAUGGCAUUGCAACAGAAGAAAGUCCUCAGCAAAACAUCUAAAGUUCGUACUUCUACCGGUGGAGCUGCAUCUAACUUACAGGCCCAGAGUUUGCCCUCUGAAAUUGAGGUAAAGUACAAGAUCGCUGAAUGCUACACCAUUUUGAAACUGGACAAAGAUGCCAUUGCUGUGCUCGACGGGAUCCCAUCCAGACAAAGGACCCCCAAGAUCAACAUGAUGCUAGCGAACCUGUACAGGAAAGCGGGUCAGGAGCGUUCUGCAGUGACGAGCUACAAAGAGGUUCUCCGACAGUGUCCUGUUGCACUGGAUGCCAUCAUUGGUCUUCUCUCUUUAUCAGUCAAAGGAGCUGAAGUGGCGUCCAUGACUAUGGAUGUGACCCAGAAUAUUCCCAACCUGGACUGGCUCUCUGUUUGGAUCAAAGCUUAUGCCUUCAUACAUGCUGGGGACAAUCAAAGAGCCAUCAACACUAUUUGCUCCCUUGAGAAGAAGUCUCUGCUGCGAGACAACGUGGACCUCCUGGUGAGCCUGGCAGAUGUCUACUUCAGGGCAGGUGACACCAAGAACGCCAUCCUCAAAUUUGAACAAGCCCAGAUGCUGGACCCAUACCUCAUCAAAGGAAUGGAUGUGUAUGGCUACCUGAUGGCCCGCGAAGGACACUUGGAGGAUGUUGAGGUCCUGGGAGGAAGAUUAUUUAAUAUCUCAGACCAGCAUGCAGAACCCUGGGUGAUCUCUGGUUGUCACAGCUUUUAUAGCAAGCGUUACUCCAGAGCCCUCUACCUGGGAGCAAAGGCCAUCCAGCUGAACAGCAACAGUGUGCAGGCUCUCCUCCUGAAGGGGGCGGCACUAAGAAACAUGGGUCGCGUCCAAGAAGCCAUCAUCCAUUUCAGGGAGGCCAUGCGCUUGGCUCCUUGCAGACUCGACUGCUACGAAGGUCUGAUCGACUGUUACCUGGCAUCCAAUGGGAUACGAGAGGCUAUGGGAAUGGCUAAUAACAUCUAUAAGACUCUGGGGGCCAAUGCGCAGACUCUGACCAUCCUCGCCACCGUGUGCCUGGAGGACCCGGUGACUCAGGAGAAAGCCAAAACCCUGCUGGACAAAGCUCUGGCCCAGAGGCCUGACUACACCAAGGCUGUGGUCAAGAAGGCGGAGCUGCUCAGUCGGGAACAGAAAUAUGAAGAAGGCAUCGCGCUCCUCAGAAACGCACUGGCCAAUCAGAGUGAUUGUGUCCUGCACAGAAUGCUGGGAGAUUUCUUAGUGGCUGUCAACGAUUACCAAGAAGCCAUGGAUCAGUACAGCAUAGCGCUGAGCCUGGAUCCCAAUGAUCAGAAGUCUCUGGAAGGCAUGCAGAAGAUGGAGAAGGAGGAGAGCCCCACGGAUGCCACGGUGGAGCUGGACGGUGACGACAUGGAGGGCAGCGGAGAGGACGGGGACCUGGAGGGCAGCGACAGCGAAGCGGCACAGUGGGCCGAUCAGGAACAGUGGUUUGGAAUGCAGUGACCUCGGCCCCCGGAGGAUGCACAGUCACUACCCCCCCCCCAGCAGCACAACGUGGCCACUGGAUCUAUCCCCCCCCCCCAACAUUCUGACAACCUUAUUAAUCACUCCACCGGGAGGCUAAUUGAGCCUCGUGUGCUCGUCCAUACAGAUGCCGAUGCAGCCUUACAGCAGCAGUAGACACUUAACCCCACAGUAAAUAAAGAUCUGCUUUUCCAUGCCUCGAUUUCUUAAUAUUUGUACAAAAUAUUAGCUAACAUCACCGACUCUACUUUGGCUUUUUGGUCAACACUUCUUUGCUGGCCAUCUCAAUUAAGGAGUUAUGGUCUCAGAUACUACAAAGUACUAUUUCAUGUUAAAUAUACUCAUUCCAAAGUGAGUAGCAUUGUAUUGAGAGAAAAAACGGAUUUGGGGUUCAGUUCAGUAUACUGGAGGAUAGGAAACAAAGGGCGAAGCAAAUGUCAGAACCAGUUGGUGUGAUGGGAGAUUUUACUCUUCACAUUACUCAGACUGGCAAGGGUUCAAACUCUGUUUUGUGGUUUUCAUCAGAUCACACUGAAGGUUUUAAAUGUGCCACAACUUCACAUCUGUGAAAAAGUGUCUGUGUAUCAUAAUCUCUGCGGCUCUUUAAUAUAUAAUCUACGUUUGAAUUGUCACAAGAAUGUACAGGCUUCAUUAUUUGUGUGUAUGUGUGUUGUUGAAAAUAACCUGACAUUGACUCCAAUGUUUCUUAACUACUUCAAGAUUAAUGUCUAUAGUAUUUUGUACAUAUUUUUAAAGUGUAUAAUAAAAUGAUAAAUGCUCA